ACACAGAGACUUCAUCAAAAACAUGAUUACAGGCACAUCACAGGCUGACUGUGCUGUCCUGAUUGUUGCUGCUGGUGUUGGUGAAUUCGAAGCUGGUAUUUCCAAGAAUGGGCAGACCCGUGAGCAUGCACUUCUGGCUUACACCCUGGGUGUGAAACAGAUAAUUGUUGGUGUCAACAAAAUGGAUUCCACCGAGCCACCCUACAGCCAGAAGAGAUACGAGGAAAUUGUUAAGGAAGUCAGCACCUACAUUAAGAAAAUUGGCUACAACCCUGACACAGUAGCAUUUGUGCCAAUUUCUGGUUGGAAUGGUGACAACAUGCUGGAGCCAAGUGCUAAUAUGCCUUGGUUCAAGGGAUGGAAAGUCACUCGCAAAGAUGGUAGUUCCAGUGGAACCACCCUGUUGGAAGCUUUGGAUUGUAUCCUGCCACCAACUCGUCCAACUGACAAGCCUCUGCGACUGCCCCUCCAGGAUGUCUAUAAAAUUGGUGGUAUUGGGACUGUCCCUGUGGGCCGAGUGGAGACCGGUGUUUUAAAACCUGGCAUGGUGGUGACCUUUGCUCCAGUCAAUGUGACAACAGAAAUAAAGUCUGUUGAAACGCACCAUGAAGCUUUGAGUGAAGCUCUUCCUGGGGACAACGUGGGCUUCAACGUGAAGAACGUGUCUGUCAAAGAUGUUAGACGUGGCAACGUUGCUGGUGACAGCAAAAAUGACCCACCAAUGGAAGCUGCUGGCUUCACUGCUCAGGUGAUUAUCCUGAACCACCCAGGCCAAAUUAGUGCUGGCUAUGCUCCUGUACUAGAUUGUCACACAGCUCACAUAGCAUGCAAGUUUGCUGAGCUUAAAGAAAAGAUUGAUCGUCGUUCUGGCAAGAAGCUGGAAGAUGGCCCGAAAUUCUUGAAGUCUGGUGAUGCAGCCAUUGUUGAUAUGGUUCCCGGGAAGCCCAUGUGUGUCGAGAGCUUCUCUGACUAUCCUCCACUGGGUCGUGGGUGUCAUCAAAGCUGUGGACAAGAAGGCUGCUGGAGCUGGCAAGGUCACCAAGUCUGCCCAGAAAGCUCAGAAGGCUAAAUGAAUAUUAUCCCUAACACCUGCCACCCCAGUCUUAAUCAGUGGUGGAAGAACGGUCUCAGAACUGUUUGUCUCAAUUGGCCAUUUAAGUUUAAUAGUAAAAGACUGGUUAAUGAUAACAAUGCAUCGUAAAACCUUCAGAAGGAAAGGAGAAUGUUUUGUGGACCAUUUUUUUGUGUGUGUGGCAGUUU